AUGAUCAGUAUUCCUUGGUGGCUCUUUGGCACAUGUCCUGAUGACGAUGUUGAAGAAAAAUGUGAAGAGCAUAUGGAUUCUACUUUGAACGUGGAGUGUUUUCAAACUCCUUCAUUGUCAUUGACCACUUUAGAGCCAUCCGAAAUUGAUGUUCCAUCAUACAAGAAUUUUCGAGCAAGCUUGAGAAAGUUGGUUUUUUUCCAAAUGUUAUAGUUAAUUUAAAACAAUAUUUUUCUCCAGUAGAUCUUCACUCGUUCUGGAAGUUGGGGGUGAUAGAAGAAAAAGUACUGAUUCAACUUUGCAAAGAUUUGAUACGGAAGUAAUGAUGAAGUUAAACAAUGGUCGAGAUGUUAUAUCUGAAGAAGAUGCCAACUUCGGGUUAGUUUUUAUAUCAAAUUAUCGGCAAAUGGGUGGAUAUCAAAGCAUACAAUGUUUGAGUAAUGAUGCAAUUUUUAAAAUUAUUCAUGUUGUAUGCUUUAAUGUUUUAAUGAAAAAAAUAAGUUCUUAGUUUUUCACACUUAUGAUUAUGAUAAUUUUAGACUUGAUCACAAUACAUCAGUUGAUUGUUUUGGAACUGAGAAUGGUCCGCUCUCAAAAACAGAUGAAGAAUAUCCUAUAAAAUUAUCACAUUUGGAAGAGGAUGAGCAAAGCGAUGAUUCGUGUUCUGCUGAUGGAGAUAAUUCAAGAUGCUAUCCCACAAUGUUCUCUUCCUUUUAUGAUACAACAGCAAUUUUCAACACGACCAUCAGAGGAGAUAUUGAAAAAAUCGACGAGAACUCACUUUGGUUGUUCAAAGAAUUGAAAAAUUCGGAUAAUGGUGAUGGAAUCGUUCAAUUCAAAGUUCCAGAGACGGCUGAAAAACUCGAGUCACCAAAAAUCAAGUAAACUGUAAAGAAAUAAGAAACCUCUAAUAUCUUAUUUUUCUAGGAAUCCCCUCAAACGCCCGAGGAAACAAGUCAUCAACUCGAAAAAGUGAGAUUUAACAUCAAAAUUUAACGAAAUUAUUGUAUUAUUGUGUCUUAUUUCUUCAGAAAACAAUCCGAACCGUCUACAUCUUCUGCUUCAGCUUCAAAUGAUGAAACCCUGCCAAUCGAAAAUUCGAAAAGUGCACAAAAACGACAAAAAACUAUGAAGACUCCAAGAAACAAUAGUGGUCAGUAUUUACAUAUUUUCUGUUGUCUCAAAUGUUAAUAUAAUUUACAGUUUCUGUGACUCGUCGUUUGACUCCAUCAAGAAAUGCAAAAACAAAAGUAGUAUCAUAUUAUGAAUAA